AUGUGGAGAUUACAUCACAAAAUAAAAAGAGUCACAUCAACACUUAGCAACUGGUCUAAAAGAGAGUAUGGUGAUAUCUUUACUACGGUUAAGGAAUUUGAGGACACUAUCAGGAAAUCUGAAGAAGAACUUAUGACAGAUAACAAUGAAGCUGUUAGGCAGAAAUUACAUCAGAUGACUGGCACCUACAUUAGGUAUUUGAAAAUGGAAGAAGCUAUUCUUAAACAAAAGACAAGAUUACAAUGGUUUAAGGAUGGUGAUGCCAACACUAAAUACUUUCAUGCUUUUAUGAGAGGUAGAAGAAGGAGGUUAUUUUUACAUAAAAUCUGUACUGAAAAUGGGGUAUGGAUACAUGGGGAGGAACAAAUAGCACAGGCAUCAUGUGAUUAUUAUCCACAAAUGUUCACUGGUCAGUAUGAGAGAAUAGAUGAAAGUAUUCUUCAGCUUAUUCCAUCAGUAGUCACUCAUGAACAUAAUAAGAGGAUGCAAGUAAUGCCUAAUAUAGAGGAACUUAGACAAGUUGUGUUUGCUAUGAACCCAAGUUCAGCAGCAGGUCCAGAUGGUAUAGGAGGCAAAUUUUAUCAAGUUUGUUGGAAUAUCAUUAAAGAAGAUAUACUGGCAGCUAUUCAAUCUUUUUUUUGUGGUAACAUUAUGCCUAAGUUCAUGUCCCAUGCAUGUUUGGUUUUGAUUCCAACAACUGAACAACCUACUAAAUUCACUGACCUUAGACCUAUCAUCCUUCGUAACUUUACCAAUAAGAUCAUUUCUAAAUUUUUGAGCAUGAGAUUGGCUACUAUUUUGCCCCUAUUAUUAUCAGAUAAUCAGUCUGGCUUUGUAAGAGGGAGAAGUAUUACAGAAAGUAUCAUGCUUGCACCAGAAAUUACUCAUG